AUGGAUAUUGCCAACUUAAAUUUUGAGAGCGGGUGGAAAAUAAUAAAAGAAGAAGCUAUUGAAAAAAUAGAAAAAUAUUUAGAAAAUGACAAUAUUGAAAAGAAUGAGAAUUUGUUUAGUGCAAAGGAAUAUACUAGAUUAUAUACAGUAGUAUACAAUAUGUGUGCGAAGAAAAACCCUUUUUGUUAUUCUAAAGAAGUAUAUAGAAAAUAUGGUGAAAGUUUAUCUAUCUAUGCUGUUGAUAAAAUUAAACCUUUAUUAAAAGAUAAAAGUGAAAUAAAAAAAACAAAAUUUUUAAUUGAUGCAUGGUUUAAAUAUUCUUUUUAUACAAAUUGGAUGAAUAAGUUUUUACGAUACCUGGACCGUUAUUAUGUAGAAUAUAACAGUUCCUUAUGUCUAAGUGCGUAUACAAAAAAUAUUUUUAAAAUGACUCUGUUUAAUGAUUUAAGAGGUUGUAUACAAAAUAUUAUUUACGAAAUAUAUGAUAAUUUAAGAAAAGAUGAAAAUGAAGAGGAAAAAAAAUUAUUCUGUGAUUUAGUUCUUUUAUAUAAGGAAUUAGACAAAGAGAGCAAUGAAAAAAUGUAUGAACAUGAUAUAGAAAAGAAGGUGUUAGAAAAUAUAGAUUCUUAUUAUAAAAAAGAAGGAGAAAAUUGGAUAAGUAAAUUAAAUUUUGAUGAUUAUAUUAUUUUAAUUGAAAAUUCAAUUGAAAAAGAAUUUCAAAAAAAUAAAUCAUUAAAUUUAAAUGAAGAAACAUGUGAAAAAGUAACAAAUAUUAUCGUAAGAAUUUUAAUAUAUGAAAAAUUAGAUUUCUUAUUAAGUAAUAAGAAGAACAUUUUUGAUUUAUUGAAAAAUAAUAAUUUACGUUGCUUAAGAAGAACGUACAUUUUAUUUUCCUAUUUUACUGAAGCUAUAGAAGGUUUAAAAAGAAUCAUAGGGGAAUAUGUAAAAACUGAAGGUAAUAAUUUAAAAGAAAAAUAUGUGGAUAUGUCCAAAAAUAUAAAUACCACGAAAAUUAAUGAAAAAAAUGUUUGCGAAUCCAACAUAAAUAAUAAUAUAAUUGGACAAAAAGAGGAGUACAUCUUGUGCGAAUAUAUAGAUCAGCUCAUUAAAUUACACAAUCAUUAUGAUAAUGUAUUUAAAUUGUCCUUUUUUAGUAUAUCUAAUAGUUCCAUAGAUCAUCAUUUUAAGGAAUGUUUAAAAGACUACUUUGAAAGUUUUGUAGAGCAUGAAGAUCAAUAUUUCAGUACAGUAAAACUAUUAGUUCUGUAUGCAGACAAUAUAUUAAGAAAGGACGAAAAUCAAAAAUAUGAUGAAAACUUAUCAAAUAAUAAUAUCACUUAUGAUACUAAGAAGAGAAAAAUUGAAAAUGAAUCCUUAGAAAUUAUUGCUCAUACGAGUACAAGUGAAACUGCGUCCAACAUUACAAAUAACUUGAUUAAGGAUCAGAUAGAUAGGGAUAACUUAGUUACUAACGAAAAUGACUCCGAAACAAUCUCCAUAAUGAAAAAAAUAGCAGAUAUCGUUGAAAUAUUUAAUUAUACAAAUAAUAAGGAAAAUUUUUUUGAAUACUAUAGGAUAUAUUUAGCGAACAGAUUGAUUAACAACAUAUAUAUAUCAUUAAAUAUUGAAAAAAAAUUCAUUGAAAGUUUGUAUUAUUUGUGCGGAUCUCAAUAUACGUCAAAAUUAGGUGGCAUGAUUCAAGAUAUUAUGAAUAAUAAUAUGCUUAAUAAUAAAUUUUGGGAUUAUAUUGAUAGAAAAUAUACUACUAAUAAAAAUGAGCUAAAUUCAAAUUAUGUAAAAAAUUUUUUUUCAGUUAAAAUAUUAAAUAAAGGUUAUUGGCCACCCUUAGAAAAAACCUCUAUGAAAUUAUAUGAUAACUUCAGUAAAUUUAUUGAAUCAUUUGAAGAAUAUUAUAAAUCAGAAAAUAAAAAUAGAAAAUUAGAAUGGGUUUACGAAUUGAGUGAAGUUAUUUUAGAGUAUCCUUUUAAUGAUACAUUGUAUUAUCUAUACUGUAAUGUUGUAAAUGCACAAAUUCUUUUGUUGUUUAAUAAGUAUAAGUAUAUAAACUAUGAUAUAGUAAAGAACGAAUUACAGUUAGAUUUAAAAACAUUUACAAAUAACAUGUUCUCAUGUUUAUUUUAUUUUAAAAUUAUCCAGUCUACUGAUGAUAUUGUAGAUUGGAUUUCUUCCAGUUUUUACAUUAAUAAGAACUUCUCUUAUAUUCGUAACAAAGUUUAUAUAAAGAAGGCAGCUGCAUCAUUAUCGAAGGAACACGAACAAACCAAGGAGGACAGGACAAUGGCAAUAGAGGCUGCCAUUGUUCGUGUUAUGAAAAUCCAUAAAAAAUUAUUUUACGAUCAAAUUUUUGAUUACGUAAAGAAGUCUCUUCCCACGUUUUCUCCGACGAACCAAGUGAUCGAAAAAAAGAUAGACUUGUUGGUUGAAAGGGAAUACAUCCAGAAAGAAGAAAAUAGUCAAGUUUAUGUGUACAUACCAUAG